CAGCUCUUCUUGUUCAGCAGUUCAGAGUAACAGGGCUCCGGGUCACCAGGGAAACCUCAAGGUUUCCACCGAAUUCAAUAAGGAUACCCGAUUGUUUCUGAUUUCGGACACAGCGCCGGCCGGAUUUACAACCAUGGUGGUGGUAGCAGCAGGGACCGCGGGGACCCACAAAGUGCUCCUGAUAUCCGGAAAGCAGUCCGGCUCGUCCAGCGGCUCACAGGCUGGCUUCAACCGGCCCAUUUCUGUGGUUUUACCGUCAGCGGCGAGCCAGGCGUCGUCGGACUCAGAUUCAAACUCCUGUGUAGGGGUGCCCAUACGAAAAAGACAGAGGCUCACACACUUGAGUCCAGAAGAGAAAGCACUUCGCAGGAAACUCAAGAACAGAGUCGCAGCCCAGACAGCCAGAGACAGGAAAAAGGCCAAAAUGGGAGAGCUGGAACAGCAAGUCCUGGAGAUGGAGCUGGAGAAUCAGAAACUUCACAUUGAAAACAGACUGCUUCGAGAAAAGACAAGUGGCCUACUAACAGAAAAUGAGGAACUGAGACAGAGACUUGGGUUGGACACCCUCGACUCAAAGGAGAAGGUUCAGGGUAUUUUGUCCAACGGGAACGAAACAGAUUUGGGGAUCGGGUCUUCUGAGCGCAGCACUCAGGCUACGUGUGCCUCCGCAGCAGGUGCAGGCCCAGCAGUCCCUAAAUCUGAAGACUUCUCAAUGGAUACAAACAGUCCUGACACUACAGACACUGAGUCUGAUUUGCUACUGGGCAUUCUGGACAUCCUUGACCCAGAGCUGUUCCUCAAGUCUUGUGAGCAGGAGUGCCAGGAGCCGCAGGUGCUGCUGGUCGGAGGGGGGAACCCAGUACCUGCCGCCACACCUGCGCCUCUGGGGGCCCCACCAGUUAAGCUGGAGGCCCUUAAUGAACUGAUCCAUUUUGACCACAUCUACACCAAGCCCGUGGAGGAGGUGAGCAGUGGGCUUUGCAGCGACUCUGAGAGCGACACAGACGAGAACAUAGAUGAGGAAGACUUCCCUGUGUCCGAGGUGGUGGUGGUAGAGGAGGAGACGGUGUGCGUCAAAGACGAGCCUGAAGAAUUGGUCAUCCCCAGCUGUGACACUCACAGUGAAGUGGAUGACUUUUUCUCUGAAACCUCCCCCUCUGUCAUCGGCGGCCUGGACAAGGAAGCCUGCUUGGCGGACACCUACAGCGACUCCGGAUACGAAGGGUCCCCUUCCCCUUUCAGCGACAUGUCCUCUCCCUUGUGCUCUGAGAGCUCUUGGGAGGACAUGUUUGCUAAUGAACUCUUCCCCCAGCUAAUCAGUGUCUGAUUCCACCCAAUAACUUAUGUAAUAUACGCGUAAGAGCUAAUGUGUAGUGUUCAGUAACUACAAAUGCUUCAUAGUCACAGAACACAACUGAACCCACUUUUACCAUAUAUAAAGUUAAACAAAUCUCCUUCUAUAUUACAGCAGGUCUGUACCACUGGCGAUGUUGCAUUGACUUGUGGGAGAUGAGCUCACGACAGCUUCUAUUGGCAUAAUUUAC